AUGGGCGCCGUCGUCUUUGUCGGCAUCACGAUCUUCUACAAGGUGUUGUCGUCGACACUCAAGCAAUACCCACAUCCGCUCCCGCCAUCGCCACCAUCAGAGCCCCUGCUUGGCCAUGUUCGCAAGCUUCCCAUGGAGAAUGCGCACCUGGCUCAUAUGGAAUACGCCAAGCAAUAUGACUCUGACAUUGUCUAUUUCAACGUCCUCGGAAACCACAUGAUUGUUCUCAACACACAGAAGGUUGCAAACGAGAUACUGGACAAGCGUGGCGCAAUCUAUCAGGACCGACCAAAUUUCGUCCUCUUUGAUGUGAUGGGCUGGGGCUUGACGCUGACGUUCAUGCCAUACGGCCCGCGCUUCAAGCUGCACCGCUCAGCACUCCAGACAGGCUUCACAAAGACUGCAAUCACAAAUUAUCGGCCCAUCCAGGAAGACGAAGCCCGCCAGGGAGUUCUUCGUAUCCUGCGCAGGUCUGGGCAGUUUGACCACUCUCUAAGGAGGUUCGCUUCUGCUGUGGUCCUUCGCAUAGGGUUCGGAGUCACCGUGGCGUCCGAUGAGGACCCCUACAUCAAGAUUGCCGUUAAUGCAAACCUGGCCACCGCCCAAGGCGGUAAUCCUGGGACUGCGCUUGUUGAUUAUUUCCCACUGUUGCGUUACAUUCCGGAAACGCUCAACUUCUCCGAGACUCUGCGACAUGCGCGGAAAUGGUCGUGGGCAAUCCAAGAUUUGCACAAUAUUCCAUUCGCAGCGAUCAAGAAAGAAUACGUCAGUGAAAACUCGACAGCCAAUCCGUCGUUUGCAUACAACCUCCUCGACAAGUACCGCCAGAACGAGGAAAAGGGACUGCCAAACCACAUGACAAUGCACGAUAUCCAGGGUGCUUCGGCGUCUGUCUUUAUAGCUGGCUCGAAUACCACCUACGCAACCACGACGGUGGCAAUUCUCAAUCUCAUGCUCAACCCCGAUGUCUUCAAGAAGGCCCAGGCUGAGGUUGACAGAGUUGUCGGCAGUGAGAGACUACCGUCUCUCGAAGAUCGUCCAAAUCUGCGCUACAUCGAUUACCUCGUGGAAGAGACGACGCGCUGGAGGCCUCUGUCACCGAUUGGCAUCCCCCACAAGUCGCUCAAGGACGACGUACACAAUGACAUGUUCAUUCCGAAAGGAACCUAUGUCUAUUAUAACACGUACGCCAUGUCUCGUGACCCAGCAGUCUACAAAGACCCUGAGAUCUUCCGGCCAGAAAGAUACACCCCUAGGGAAGAAGGCGGAGAUGGGGAGCCAUUCCUGGUUGGCCCAUUCGGAUUCGGUAGACGGAUAUGUGUGGGCCGUCACCUCGCCCAAGCCUCGGUGUGGAUCAUGGUCGCAACUCUUCUAGCAACAACGGACAUUAGCAAGCCCCUGGAUGCUCAAGGGAGGCCAAUUGAGCAGCCCAUCCACUUCAGCACCGGCCUUUCAAGUCACCCCGGCAAAUUCGACGUUGUGUUUAAACCCCGCUCUGAGAAGGCCCUGCGACUUCUGGAAGCGUUCGUCGGGGAUAAGCAGUGA